AUGUGCGAAGAACUGAAGGACGCAUAUUUCACGAUUGACAAGAAACACUCUGAUGUAAUUACCAUUGAGGAUCUGGAGAACUAUCGUCGAGAAAAUAACCUCAACGAAGACUUCAUCCAGCGAUGGCAGAAACUGUUUGAUCCAGAAAACACAGGGGUUAUCACGCUUCAGAGAUUUAGUGAGGUACUUGGAUUGAGUAAGGAGGAGGACCCGGAGGAGGAUGAAAAGGCAGAACACACCCCAACUGCCCCAGAGGAGCAACCUGAGAUCCUCCAAAUUGCUGAGGAUAUGGAGCCGGACAAACAGAAGGUCAUUUUUGACCUCGUGAAACAAGUGGAAGAAACAAAUGAGGUUAACGACAGAGACAUCGUACGAUCCUUGAAGGCGAAGCUGGACGAGAAGUAUGGUCGUCUCUGGCAUGUGCUUAUAGUGAGGGGUCAGUACCACGCGUUUUACUCCUACGAGGGUGGCAACUCCUUCUGCUUCAAGAAGGGUCCUCGAAUUUACAUUAUCUUCAAGACGCCCGCCUAUUAG